AUGACUAAUGGAUAUGAUAAUCCAUCUUUCGUGGGAGACACGGUGUUCACAAUCCCCGAAAGGAAGAAUAAUAACGCAGAACUGAUAGAUGUCGAAAUUAAACAUCCAAAUUAUGCAUCAACUACAGUUUCACAAGUUCAUGAUGACAAAAGUUCAAAGAAAAAUGGGAAAACCACAAAACAUAAAGAACGUGAGAGUUGGGGGAAAGGAAUUGAAUUCCUUCUCUCCUGCAUUGCUAUGAGUGUUGGUCUUGGAAAUAUCUGGCGAUUCCCUUUUAUUGCGUUAGAAAACGGCGGUGGUGCUUUUGUGAUACCUUACAUAAUUGUGUUGCUUCUUGUGGGAAAACCGGUCUACUUCAUGGAGAUGGUCCUUGGCCAGUUCUCAUCUCGCGGAAGUGUUAAAGUUUUUGACUGUGUACCUGCAAUGCGUGGUAUAGGUGUCGGUCAAGUAGUUUCAAUCACAAUUGUAGCUACUUAUUAUUCAUCUUUAAUGGCAUUGACUUUAAACUUCUUCGAAAGCUCAUUCAGUUCAACAUUACCUUGGAGUAGUUGCAAACCAGAAUGGGGUUCUUGUAUUCCAUCUGGACAGAAUGGUGUAGUAAACAUGACAUGGAAUAAUUCAACAAAAUCAUCGGCUGAAUUAUAUUUCUUGAAAGAAGUGUUGAAAGCAAAAGAAAGCAUAAAUGAUGGGAUUGGAGUGCCAAGUUGGAGACUUGUGAUAUUUUUAGCAAUUUCUUGGACGCUUGUUUUUUUGAUACUCAUUAAAGGUGUCAAAAGCUCAGGAAAAGCAUCAUACGUACUUGCAAUAUUUCCAUAUUUCGUUUUAACUAUUCUUUUGACAAGAGCGUUGACUUUACCUGGUUCAAUGAAUGGAAUCAUUUAUUUUCUUUCACCACAAUGGGAUAAAAUUUUUGAUCCGAAAGUUUGGUAUGCUGCAGUAACUCAAGUUUUCUUUUCUCUCUCAAUUUGUUUUGGAAACAUAAUCAUGUAUUCAUCUUACAACAAAUUUGGACAUAACGUUUAUCGUGAUGCAAACAUUGUGACGACCUUAGACACAUUUACUUCACUGUUAGCUGGUUGUUGUAUUUUUGGUAUUCUCGGUCAUCUUGCACAUGAACUUGGAGUUGAAGAUAUUUCAAAAGUGACUAGAAGUGGAGCUGGACUUGCUUUUAUUUCAUACCCAGAUGCUAUUGCUAAAUUCAAAACAUUACCUCAAGUCUUCUCAGUUUUAUUCUUUUUAAUGCUUUACCUUCUUGGCAUCGGUAGUAAUGUCGCAAUGAUGUCUUGCAUAAUGACAGUUGUGAGAGAUAGAUUCAAGAAAAUAAAAAAUUGGCAAAUCGCUCUUGUGAUUGCUAUUUUUGGGACUGGUUUUGGCUCCAUUUAUAUGACACCGAGCGGACAGUCAGUUCUUAAACUUGUAGACUAUUAUGGGGCAUCGUUCGUUACAUUUAUAUUAGCAAUUGCCGAACUUUAUACAUUUUGCUUUAUUUAUGGAGUUGAACGUUUGUGUAAUGAUGUAGAGUUUAUGUUAGGCUUUCGACCUAAUUGGUUUUGGAGAAUAUGCUGGAAAUUCGUUACACCUGGACUCAUGACAGUUAUUUUGGUUUACACGCUUUUUAAUCUUGAACCAUUGCAAGAUAAUGGAAAAGAUUAUCCUCUAACGGCACAUUUGAUUGGAAUGUUUAUUUCAUUCUUGGGAUUAGUGCAGUUGCCAGGAUUUAUGGUGUACGCUAUUUUAAAACAGAAGAAGAAUACUUUACUUGAGAGAAUCAAAGCUGCAUUCGAACCAACUGAGAAAUGGGGCCCUAUUGAUCCAAAACUUAAUUUAAAAUAUAAAGAAUAUGUAAAUAAGAAGAAUUAG